AUGACUAGUUUUUUGAAGUUUUAUUUACAUUUUUUUUUUGGUUUGAUAUCAAUAAUCAUUUGUAAUGGAAAAAUACAUCACUUAUCAUUAAAAAAUGAUUUUCGUAGAAAUAUUCAUAUUAGUAGUUUUGGUUUUGAUACAAUUGGAACAUUUCAAUUUAAACUAACAAAUUUUACAGUACCUGAUGAGGUGUUGUCUAAUCAUGAACAUAAUUUGGGUGACAUUGGUUUUACCUUCAGUCGUGGAAAAACAAUAAUUGAAGGAACGAGAACAAAUCCAUAUGUAUGUCAACUUCAAAAUCAGGAUCAAAAUUUAGAUACACUAUUUUUUAUAUUUAAUUUUUCUAAAAAAAAUCUUGGUAUAAUUCGGAGCGGACAUAUCAAAAAUUUGACAGUAUGUCCUAAUAUUGAUAAUUGUUGGGAUAUCUUGGAUGAUGACUCAACAGAUUUAUAUUCACAAAAAAAAGUUGAAGAGAAAGGAGUUUUAAAAAAAUUAAAAGAUUAUGUAUUUAGUACUAAAGACAUUGAAGGUGAAUACAAACAUUAUAUUCCUUUAACACAAGUUGGGAAUUCUUUUUCGGGUUCAUUUGCAAUACGUUUUACUGACAAACAACGUGGAUUAUAUAAUUUAAUUUUUCAUAAUUGUUUAAAUUAUAAGGAGAAUGGUUUUGAUGCUCGAGUAGCUGUUAAUUUUAUUUUAGAUAUUGUGGAAAAAAAUGAAAAUUCAUACUUAUCUGCUGGUGAUAUACCAAAACCACAACUUUAUCUUUAUCUCACAUUUGCAUUUAUAUUUGCUGAAAUUGUCUGGAUAAAUGGAUUAUGUAAUUCAAAAAAAGAAGAAAUUUUUAAAGUUCACUAUUUAAUGACAAUUUUAAUUACAUUAAAAUGUAUGUCUUUAUUAUUUCAUGGAAUUAAUUAUUACUAUGUUUCUGUUGCGGGUCAUCAACGUGAAUUUUGGACAAUUUUAUUUUACAUUACUCAUCUAAUUAAAGGUACAUUAUUAUUUGGAACAAUUGUACUUAUUGGCACAGGAUAUACUUUUUUUAAAAAUUAUUUUACUACUAGAGAUCGAAAUAUUUUAAUGUUAGUUUUACCAUUACAAAUAUUAGAUAAUGUAGCAUUAAUAAUAUUACAAGAAAGUGAAUUUAGUGAUUCUGGAUAUCAAUUUUGGUUUGAAAUAUUUGUAUUUUUUGAUAUUGUUUGUUGUUUUUUAAUUUUACUACCAAUUCUGUGGUCGGUACGUCAUCUUCAAAAAGGUGCCAACACAGAUGGAAAAGCAGCAAUGAAUCUUCAAAAAUUACGCCUAUUUCAAGAAUUUUAUGCAAUAACAAUUGGUUAUGCUUAUAUUACUCGAGUUUCAAAAGUUUUAAUUGAUUUAUCUGCACCAUUUGACUAUAUAUAUCUCUCUGAUGUAAUUGUUGAGGUAUCCUCUCUUUUAUUUUUUAUAAUUGUUGGAUACAAAUUUAGACCACAACAAACAAAUCCAUACUUUAAACUUAACCAAGAUGAUGAAAAUUCUUUUCCCCUUACUUCAAAUGGUCUUUAUGAAAACAUAAAUCGUGUUAAUAACCUUCUCACAAUAGAAAAUGAGAUGGAAAAUAUUCCAGGAGUAUUUGUAAAUAAAGAUUUAUCAAGUGAUGAAGAAAACAGCGAAAUUAACUUUACACACAAAAAUACGGAUACAAAUAUUCUAUUAAACUAG